AUGGCGUUCAACUUCAACUGGUCGCCCCUCAUGGCAGACGCCGGUUUCUACACCCGCGCCCAAGAGCUGCUGACUGCCGCCCUGAACAAAUCCCCCAAACCACCCAUUAUCGUCGAUGAUAUCGUCGUCACCGAGCUGAAUUUGGGCUCCAACCCGCCCGAACUGGAAAUCCUGGAAAUUGGGGAUCUGGCGGAGGAUCGGUUCCGCGGCAUCUUCAAGAUGUCCUAUGCUGGAGAUGCGUUCUUAACCCUCAAGACCUGUGUCCAGGCAAACCCCUUGAAUACGUAUCUCCUUACUCGACACCCCUUUACCUCUCCGCAACCUCUUGCUGCUGCAACUGGUUUAACCAUCCCCCUCCAAAUUACACUCUCUGACAUAAAACUCUCCGGCUUCGUCAUCCUCGUCUUCUCAAAGCAAAAGGGCAUUACCGUUGUCUUUCGGAACGAUCCCCUCGAAUCUCUAAAAGUCUCGUCGACUUUCGAUUCGAUCCCGUUCGUCCGCGAUUAUCUACAGAAAGAAAUCGAAGGCCAGCUGCGAAUCCUCUUCAUGGACGAGUUGCCCGCAAUCAUACACAGGCUGUCUUUGCGGCUGUGGGGCACCGAAUACAGCGAAUUGGAGACCACCUCAGCUCAAGUCACGAAUCCAUCCCUUGAUGGUCCCGGUCUGGAUCCCCUGUUGAACCCCCCGCAGGACCCCGUCGACGCAUCGGGGAAUGUUCUAUCAAUUUCGGAGAUCGCAUCCCUAUCCCUCGACUCCGGCGUCGAGAUGCAUUCCCUUUUCUCCCGCAAGAAUGUGCUCCGCCUAGCCGCGCUGACGGAUUCCCAACGCACACUGUCUCUGUUCACGCCGUCUAUCCGAGAAGUCGUGUUUAGAGCGUGGACGGGUUCAAUGGAGCAGGCUGAUGGACCCAGCGGCCUCGUCUCCCCCAUGAGUCCCCCGCUCUCCAGAACCCAUUCGCACAUUGCAACAUCUUCACUCUCACUCCAAGACGCUGCAAGCUUGGCGUCUUCGUCGCACAGUCGACCAACCCCCCCUUCGUCUGGGUUUAGUGGAUACGGACUCAGCAUGGGUGCCGGUCGGCAUUCCAAAGCCCACGCGAGGAAACGAAAGAAGCGGGUCGUCGAUCUUCGACGACGGCCCAAGAGCGCGGAUGAUAUGGAAAGCGUCAGCGGUGAAAGCGCGUACACCACCACCACCAGUGCAGUCUCUGUAUUCUCCGGCUCAACCAUCCCAGAAGAGAAUAACGAUGACCCCGUUACCCCUCCAGUUUCACCACAGCGUACGAUCAGGCGACCAACCCUACGCGACCGCAUUGCCGCCCGUGACGACGCCGAGAGAAACUCUCGGAGAGGCAUACCCGCGGAAUUCGGACAUGAUUUGCCUGCUGUCCGCACUUCGCCACCUAUAGCCAAUGAUAUGGCCAGGAUAAUAGCAUCAGCCUCGAACCUCCAGCGCCAACUCCAACAGCAACAACCUGCAGAUUCGAAGCCGUUACCAUCACUUCAAGAAACUGCCCCUAUCCGAACACUCCGGCCUUCUCCAUCUUCUACUCCACAAUACCCAACUGAAAAACCCAACGCCUCUAAUAACUACACAUCUUCCUCCUCUCCCUCCGCGCGAGAUCCACAGCAGCAGCAGCCGCAACAACUCUCCCGCCCAUCUUCAUCCUUCAUCAUGGAAUCAGCCCAGAACGGCGGCAUCCUGGAACAGGCAUGGAUGAUGAAGAUGGCCAGUGAAAUCGCGCGCAGGAUCCAGGAUGAGAAGAUGGGCGGCGAGGAUCCUACCAACAGCAGCAGCCGUGGCGGCAGUGGUGGUGGGUUUUGGGAACGCCCGUCAAUGCGCUCGCAUACCCCGCCGCCUGCUUAUCGGCAUUGA